AUCACACACUUGCAUUGACAUUACCCUUCCAACUCUCUACUCAUCAAGUUUCCAGAACUAACCUCCAUCGAUCAUGGGUUCCAUUAACAACGACACUGGUGGUGGUGGUGGGGAAGAUAGAAUUGAUGCUCUUGGAAGGCUCUUAACCCGUAUCCUGCGAACAUAUGGCUUCUGAGCUGAACUUAAAGAUGAGGAGUGAUGGGUAUGUCAAGGUUCAAGAUCUAUUGAGACUUAACAUGAAGACAGCCGCCAAUGUUCCAAUAACUUCUCAUACUUUUGAUGAUAUUAAGGAGGCUGUCAGAUUGGAUAACAAGCAGCGGUUUAGCUUGCUUGAAGAAAAUGGGGAGCUUUUGGUUCGUGCAAAUCAAGGUCAUACACUCAUGUUGGUUGAAACUAAAAGUUUACUUAAACCCAUCCUCUCACCUGAAGAAUAUCCUGUUUGUAUACAUGGAACCUACAAAGAGAAGUUAAAUUCAAUCUUGGAAAGUGGUCUUAAACGCAUGAAAAGGUUACAUGUACAUUUCUCUUUUGGAUUACCAACCGAUAAUGAAGUAAUUAGUGGGACGAGGAGGGAUGUCAACAUCUUGAUCUAUCUUCAUAUUAGGAAAGCCAUCAAAGGGGGGAUGAAGCUUUACAUAUCGGACAACAAGGUGAUCUUAACAGAAGGUUUUGAGGGUGUUGUCCCAGUCAAGUAUUUUGAGAGGAUAGAGUCAUGGCCAGAUAGGAAACUUAUACCUUUUUAAUACACUCUCAACAUCAACUGAAGUAAGCAUCAUGAUUUUGACAUUUGUACAUGUCGAAUAUAUCUCAAAAGAAGGAUGUUUAAUUGGUUUACAUGUUUUGUUCUGUUUGUGUUAUUUAAUAUAAUAUGAGAACAAAUAAAGUUUUGAUCUUUUUAUCUUGUUCGAAAUAAAGGGG